CGGUGCUGCUGUGUCCCCGGGCUGGCACGUUCCUAGCUAAAUUCUCCACAGUGUAAAAUUGGGUCCCCCUAUAUUUCGCAACCCCUCCCCCCCAAAAAAUCUUCAGUUCCCUGAAACCGCUUAUACAUUUGCGCUUAACAGAUUUCUAAAUUUCCUUCAGAAACCCUAGAAGAUGGCGGUGGUAAGCGGGAUGUCGGGGUUGGCGGUAGCCCGGCUGGAGGGCCGAGAAUUCGAGUAUCUCAUGAAGAAAAAGUCGGUGACCAUCGGCCGGAACUCUUCGCAGGGCUCCGUGGACGUCAGUAUGGGACACUCCAGCUUCAUCUCCCGGCGGCACCUAGAAAUAUUCACUGCGGGAGAAGAUGGCACAGGCACGGGGGAAUUCUAUCUCCGAUGCCUUGGAAAAAACGGGGUGUUUGUUGAUGGGGUGUUCCAAAGAAGAGGGGCUCCACCUUUACAGCUCCCGCGAAUGUGUUGUUUCCGUUUUCCAAGCACAAGUAUAAAAAUAACGUUCACAGCCCUGUCCAAUGACAAGAAGGAGCCAAGGAACGUGCCAGAAUCACCAAUCAAGUCUGUCCAGCCCCAGAUUUCCCCCCUGACCAUCAACAUUCCUGACAACAUUGCGCACCUCAUGAGCCCGCUGCCUUCACCUACUGGAACCAUCAGCGCAGCAAACUCGUGUCCAUCAAGUCCACGUGGGGCAGGACUGUCCAGCUACAGGACUUCCCGCAUUUUGGCCUCCGAUCUUAUAGGAGACAGCUCCCAAUCAGAAAACGACAAGGAGGCCUCAGGUGAAGACAGCCCUAAGGAUGACUCCAAACCCCCGUAUUCAUAUGCACAGCUAAUAGUCCAAGCUAUCACCAUGGCUCCGGACAAACAGCUAACACUGAACGGAAUCUACACCCACAUCACCAAGAACUAUCCCUACUACAGGACAGCAGAUAAAGGCUGGCAGAAUUCGAUUCGCCACAACCUGUCGCUGAACCGCUAUUUCAUCAAGGUGGCUCGGUCUCAGGAAGAGCCAGGUAAAGGUUCAUUCUGGAGGAUUGACCCCGCCUCCGAAGGCAAGCUGGUAGAACAAGCCUUCAGGAAGCGCAGGCCCAGGGGUGUGCCGUGCUUCAGGACCCCUGUGGGGCCACUGUCCUCCAGGAGUGCUCCAGCUUCUCCAAACCACACAGGGGCGCUCUCGGCCCACUCCAGUGGGGUCCAGACCCCAGACAGCCUGUCCAGAGAGGGCUCCCCAGUCCCCAUGGAGUCAGACCCAACCCCACCACCAGCCCCCACCCAAGCCACUACAAUCCAGCCCAAACUCGCUGUCAUCCAAGAGGCCCGCUUUGCACAGAACCCCCCUGGCUCCGCCCUCAGCAAUCAGCCAGUAUUGAUCGCUGUGCAGCGCCAGAUGCCUCAAACGACCAUGAAGCCUGUGACCUAUGCCAUGGCCACGCCGGCCAUUGUUACGACUACAGUUAGCUCUGCCCCCGUCAUGCAGACGGUGCAUGUUGUUCACCAGAUCCCGGCCGUCACCAUGGCAACUGUUGGCGGACAGUCUGCUGCUGCAGUGAGCCCCAAACCUCAGGAGAACGGAGGGGGAGAGCACCAGGAGCUCAAAGUAAAAGUGGAGCCGGUGCCAUCCAUCACAGCCUCCUCCAUAGGUGGAGUCAGUCGUAUCAUCCAGACCUCUCAAGCUGCUCCCCUGACCACAGUUACCAUCGUGCAGCAAGCUCCGCUGGGUCAGCACCAGCUCCCAAUAAAGGCCAUCACACAGAAUGGGACCCACCUGGUCCCCAUUAGUACUGCCGCUAGCACAGCCGUUGCAAACCCUCUCCACCUCCUGGCAACUCAUGCUUCGGCCUCAGCUUCCCUUCCUACCAAAAGGCAGAACGGAGUACUGCAAGACCAGCCUGAGACAAAGAGGGUGAAAACAGAGGAGGAAGAGGAGAGCGAACCAGCAGCUGCCAACUGUAACAAUGGCACCACGGACAGAGCCGGAGAAGGAGGGGUCAGCGAGCAGGUCGGCGACAAGUAGCCCACCCACCCCCAACUGCUCCAGUCUGCAUCCUGACCCCCGCUCUCCUGUAUGCAUUGAGCCACAUCUGACCUGGUGUCAUUAUCUUACUCCAAGGUGCCAAAAAGCGAAGGACUAC